CUCAAAGCUCUCCCUUCCAGAGCUCCCACCAAGAAGGACCAGAGGUUCUUCCCCUCAAGGAGCUUUUCUUGGAUUUACGAUGUCUUGUUUUCAAGGUUUUAGAAGAUCAUUGGCAUUGCAACUCAAGGAACUAGAUGCUUGGAAGCAGGUCAGGCAAAGCUACUGCUGUAGGGCAUUUAGAAUGGAUCAGCAGAUUGUUGAAUCUAGGGAGAUUAGAAAACCAUAUUUGAUGGGUUCGAUGCUUGUAAGAAUGUUUAGUGGUGAAGUAUCAGCUUCAGAGCAAAUGAAUCUUAUCAAGCAGUUGAGGGAAAGAACCAGUGCUCCGAUAAAGGAUGUCAAAUCUUCCCUUGUUGCCUGUAAUUGGGAUAUUGAGGCUGCUCAGAAGGACUUGAGGAAGAGAGGAGUGGUGCUUGCUUCAAAGAAGUCUUCACGGACUGCUGCAGAAGGUCUACUUGCAAUUGCUCAAACUGAGAAUAAGGUUGCUGUUAUUGAGCUUAACUGUGAGACUGACUUUGUUGCAAGAAAUGAGAUAUUUCAAUACCUGGCUUCAUCCUUGGCAAGACUAGCUUUGUCAUCCAAAAGCCCCACCCAGAAGAUUCAAACACCAUUGUCUUUUGAUCCAGACUAUUUUGAGAAUAUGGAGAUUGUUUUAGAUCAUCCAAAAUUUAGUGGGGAAACAACAGUGCAAAGUGCAAUUACUGAAGUUUCUGCGAUGGUUGGCGAGAAUGUAAAACUGAGAAGAGGCUUUGCAUUGUCCACAUCUUCACAUGGUGUUGUUUCCACCUAUCUUCAUACAUGCCCAAAACCAGGUUUGGGCCGUAUCGCUGGAAUAUUAACAUUAGAAGCAAAAGACAGCAAUGCUUCACUGGAUGCUAUUCACCGAGUUGGUUCGUCAUUGGCAAUGCAUAUAGUGGCUGCCAAGCCAUUGUUUUUGUCUAAGGAAAGUGUUUCUUCUGCAGCAUUAGACAGUGAGCGUGACAUACUGAAAACUCAGGCGGAAAGUUCUGGGAAAUCUCAGAUGGCUAUUGAGAAGAUGGUAGAAGGUCGUUUAAGGAAGUAUUUUGAAGAAGUUGUGUUAUUGGAGCAGAAGUUUGUUGUGAAUGACAGUGUCAAUAUAAAGUCACUGUUGAAGGAUCUGUCCAAAGAAGUUGGCACAGACGUGGAGAUCGGCAAUUUUCUAAGAGUGGAAGUAGGAGAGGGAAUCCAAAGGUAAUGCUUCCAAAUGUUCAUUAUUUUUCAGCUGUCAAGACUACAUACACUACAACCAUAUCAAUUAGGCAUUCGAAGCUUUUCUUGACAGCAAAUUAACAGUUAUCAACAUCACAUCUCUUGUUUUAUUUAGUGAAGAACUGCAAACUACAAAUUUAAGACAAUGUAUUCUUUUCAAUAAAGUCGUAGUUUAUCCAUUUUUAUAUAAAAGAAAAAAAUUAGGACUAUGUACAAGACCUGAUUAUUUAUUACUUUCUGUUUUGACAUGAGAAAGACAAUUUUUGUUGUUUCGCAUGUAUUGGUUGGAUUUCUGA